UGUUUUUGUUUUGUUCAUCUUUGUUAAGGACGAAUUUCAAAUCAUUUAUUUGACUGCAAACUCAUGACUUCUAGAAGCAAUUGGUUCAAUGAACAUCCGAAGUUUCAACAAAUUUUAUCCAACGGAUUCGACAAAUACAAUCCAUCUUCAUCGAGAACCGCCAUGUUGGUUUAUCUUGAGCUGUGUGAACGCAAGCAUUGGUUUGAAGUCGAAAUUCACCCUUGUGACUCAUUAAAACGCGUCUUYAUUACUGGCAAACCUCGCAAGAAAGCAAAGAAGGAGGCUGUUGUACCUGUUUGUGUUGAAACAGAGUUCAGUGUUGACGAUUUACGGAGUAUUGUCAGCGAGAUUUCGACAUGCUGCAAGGAACUCGACCUCGACUUGUCUGGUAAUCCAGGAGUAAUUCUAGGCAUUUGUGAAUCAGAUUCAAGUAUUGUUUAUUAUAAAGUCUAUCAAGGACUUGAACAACCUGGGCAACUAAUGUUAGGUGAAUUAGAACAAGAGGAAAAAUAAUGGUGAUGGGCUGUUUCUUUUACACUGUGUCUGUCAAUAGUCCUCAAUAGUCUCAAAAUCUAAAGAAAAUAUUCAAGAGCUGUUUUUUUUUAGAAAUAUAAAUCCCUUCUAUUCUUGACACAAUGCUGGUGUUCAAGCUYCCUUUCAAAGCUCAUUUGCUCCYAUUGGCCCCCACUUGGCUCCCAGAAAAAGACAGGAAGCCCAUAACUCUUAGUGAUGCCUUGGAGGAGGGUUAUACACCACUGUUAGAACAAAGAUUGUGAUUGGAUGAAAUAACAAAGAAUUGCAUUCAAUACAAAAAUGAAGAUGUCCAGUAGAACAAUAGCCAUUGUCUGACAUAAUCCUACAAUUCUUUGUAUUUGUUUUCUUGGUCAAUCUAAAGCUUCGUUCUGAUGGUGGUGGGAGUCUAAUACAUACUGAUGAUAAAACGCUGUGCCUGACUUAAUUGAAGAUUGGAAGGUCUUGCUUCUUCAAGUGGGUACACAGAUGACUGUUUGGGUCUUAGAAAGGCUUUCAAGAUUAUCAAGAAAUCAGAGAAUCCAUUUUCAUGUUGUUAUAUGUACACUAGCUCUGAUCUCAGUGACCCAAGUGACUUCAAAACAACCUAUCAAAUUGCAAUUUACCUUUUUGUCUGAAUUAAAUGAAAGGCAAUUUCAGAAGUUCAGCUUUUUUUAAAACCAGGCAGUAGGUGCUACAUAGGGGUCAGCCGAUUAUGCUGAAACUUGGCAUACUUUUUGCAUUUAGUAAGUUAUUUAAUAUUCUAAUUUUUUUUGGGAUCAGUCAUUAGGAGGGAAGUUAGCCCCCCCCCUCCCCCCCUAGAAAAUGAUCAUUUAAGCACAGAAAUUGAACAAAUUAACCUUAACUUUGCAGAAGCAUAAAAGUGCAAAUGUUAUUCACAGCAACCUCAAACUUUUUGACAUACAAGUUAAACAUCUCAGUUAGCGAUAUCAGACACAGAGAUGGAAAUAUCUGUCAAUGUGUUGGCAUAGCAACCAUAUGACUGAACACAAAAAUUCCAAAUUUUGAAUUUAUUGAAAAUUCGUGUAGUUUUGAAGUCAAUAUCUCACAAGUGCACAUCRAUUUUUAUAAAAAUGACUGUUUCUUAAUUAGAUCUAUGUCUCUAGUUAUCAAAACAUGAAAAACAUYGGUGGGCAUUCAUUAAUCUUAAAAGAUAUGAUGUAUUUAGUUCACCCURUUUCGAAACAUUGCAAAAUUCAAUGGAAUUAACACAUACAAAUACYAAGUUAGACUCCUUUARAMAGACUUUAAAUGACUUUAAUAAACUAUCAGAAUCUA